UUUGUACGCAGCGAACCAGAACGCAAUGGCGUCGGAUCAAGAAUCGUGCUCCGACGAGGAGCCAGAUAGCGAAAUGCUGAGCGACGACUUGUGUCUUCCAGAUAGCGACGAUGACCGACAGAACCUCCCUGUUCAGAGUUUGCACGAAGACCUACCGCCCCUCAACUCCUGCCUACUCCGGCCUCCUCGCAAACUAUUCACCAACUGCCGUGAACGCUGGCGUCAGCAGAACGUGAGUGGAGCCUUCGCUGAGCUCCGUCGUCUUGUGCCUACUCAUCCACCGGAUAAGAAACUCUCUAAGAAUGAGAUUCUCCGCAUGGCUAUUAGGUACAUCGGUCUCCUCUGCGAAGUCCUAGAAUGGCAGAAGAAUCACGGCCUCACCAACAAAGAGAACACCGCUCUUGCCAUCAAAUGCGAGUCCCCCCUCAGCCCGCAAACUCGCCGGCUACGCCUCAAGCGACCCUAUUUCGAGGACGACGGCCCCAGACCCAAGGUUUUCAUCGAAGAGGCUUCUAAAUACGGGAAUGAAGAGAAUGAGGAACGCAGAACACAACGCACCUUUACCUGCACGAAGACAGAGUACAUUUUUGGGAAAGACCAUCUCCGUGUGCUCCGGAACCAUUAUUAUUAUCCCCCAAGAUGGCGACAGAAUGUUCCGUUCAGGAAUUUAACGCCGGAUAAGAAUGGAAAUAAUUUGCUGAUGAUUGCGCCUCAGAAUGGGAAAGAGGAUAAGUUUAAGGAAAAAGAUGAUGGGAAGGAUGGCAAGUAGGAGGUUAGGUAGAGUUUUAAACCAAAAAUUUAGGUACGGUCAAUUUCAGUACCAUUUCGUUUUGUCACAGUGAGAAAUAGUAUUAGUUCCUUAGCAACUUUCAUUUCUUUUCAUCACAUUUGCUCGAAAAAGAUCUUAUUUCAUGCAGGUGUAAGGAUAAAGGCCUAUAUUGUUCCCGGGGGAGUUAUGGAUUGUGAAAAAAAACAAUUUAUUUUUCAAUUAUUUCACUUAUUCAUACUUACAAACCAAGUGGCACAAAUGAGUUUUACUUUUAGAAUACUGAUGUUUAUAAUUUGAUGUUUAUGAUUUGGUAUUUUUGAUGUUUAUGAUUGAUGUUUAUAAUUUAAUAUUUUUGUUUGUAUUAAUGUACCAGCCGUUUAAAAUAUUUUUACAUAAUUUUCAAUCGUGAAUACCGAAUAGGUCCGUGCCUUCGAUGCCUAACUUGUCAAGAAAUUACAAAAUGGCGGACGAAUGUUUGAUAUGUCACCGUAUUUAAGAAUUAUUUCACUUCAAAUUUAGUUUUUUCUUCGCAAGUGUGAUGAAAAACAUUGUGUCCGGGGGUAAGAAUAUUGCAAACUCGGGUCUUUAAUUACCACCCUCGAAUCCAAAAUCUCACUUAUUCCCCUUGUUGCGCAAUGUACUAUUGUCACUAUCACAAGAUACGAAAUGGUACUGAAAUAAAAAAAAAAAUGUACCCGUAAAAUGUUGAACGUAGAUUGUAUGUAACUCUACUGAGUAAUUUUAAAAUUGAUGUCAAUGUUACAUAUCGGUUAUUUUAAUAUUAUAAUUUUUCGUAAUUUGUAUCAAUAUUUUGUAACUAAGUAUAGAAUAAAAUGAACUUAUAAAUAAGUCAAGUGUACUGUGUAUGCUGAAAGUAUGUAACUUAACGAUGCAACUUUUAAAAGUAAUUUUCCCCAUUGGAGUAGACAGAUAUUCUUCUUCUUCUGGUGCCACGCCCAGUCUAAUGGGCGUCGGCGGUCAGCAUGGCAUUCAGCUCUCUGGUCUUCAAUCUCUCUCUCCAUUUAUUUCUAGGUCUACCUCUCCCUCUUUUCCCUCAUACUUUCCCUCGAUGAUUGUCUGCACUAAGUCAGACAGAUAUUAAAUAUAUAUUAUUUGUUUCAUGUAUACCAGUGGUUAUUAGAAUUUAAGGAUGACUCACUCUAGAACGGCCUGGGCUCGGACCGAAGCAUCAGAGACUUCCUUCCUCUUCCUUUGCUUUCUUAUCAAAAGCAUCACGUUUCCACAGAGACUAUAGAAGACGAAGUGUCGGAGGCCUUGUCAAACUCAGCAGUGGGGUUUUAUUUUCAAUUGCUGUGAUCUGUGUUAGGUUAAGAUAGUGAUUAUUGGUAGUUAGUUAAUUUCAAAUUAGUUUGCGCUUAAGGUACUGAUCAUAUGUCUAAGAUCAUCAUCAUUUGAGGCAUUACAACUUUAGCCUGGUUAAGCAAAUCUCUGCAGUCCGGUCUAUUCAUCGCUUUCUCCAACUUGUCACUCCUAAGAUUCUGAUAUGUUGGUAUACGCCGUCCGACCAUCUGAUCUUGGGCCUGCCUUUAUUUCUGCGGCUCCCGGGUCGACCUUCUAGAAGGCGUUUGGGUACUCUGGCCUAGUCCUUCCGUAAAAUGUGCCCUGCCCAUUGCAGGCAUCCAAUCUUUAUGGUGUUUAUGUCUAACUAAGUAUACAAAUUAAGUAAUUGCUGUAUCUUAUUGUUAGAUAAUUUUAUUUUCACAGCCAAGAUGUUCGAUCAGAUAACAUAUCAAUAAAUUAAUAUUUUUAAGUAGAUGAUCGUCUUAAACAUUAAGUAUACUUAAUAGGGUAUAGUAUCCAAUCAUUGACACUGAAAGAAGUACGAGCCAUUGCCAUGUAUUUUUGUAGUGCCUUAAGAGGCUGUCAACAUCCAAUGUCCUUGAAAUUGAUGUUACUUAAACAGUUUUUUAAGAAAGACUAUUUGUUUCAGUCAAGUAAGAAAAAUAUAUGUUCAUAUUAAUUAUAUUUCAAAGACCGUGGUUGUACUCGAUACAUGAUUGAACGAAAUCGGCUCGAUAGAAAAUAAUUGCAAAGAUUGGUCUUAAAAUCACAAUUAAACGGUUUUAUGUCUUUAUUGUUUUGACUUAUGGGUCUGCAAUUAAAAUCACAAUUUCAAAACAUUUAUAUCUAAACCGUGGUUGAGUAAAAUAUUACACUAAUAAUCCACUUUUUUUUAUUUAAAUAUUUUUCUUAUUAUUCCCUUGCCCAGGCCCAGUAACAUGCGACAGUGCUAUCUCAUUUACUCCGAUACAAAUAGACAGUGUGCGCGCUUUAGGUAUUGACAGCCUCUUAAGUCACUACUGGCUCAAAAGAAGAUCGAAAGCAUAGUACUUACAAAGAGUGGGGAAGUAAGUUAUCUUCAUACAAACGCACCGCGCGCAGCUUGUAUGUGUGCGCCAUAGUAUCUUUACGUCGCCGCACGCACACUCAAAUAUAAGCCCCGACUGGCGCACUGAGAAACAGGUCGAGAUUUUGUUUGAGUGUGCGUGCGUGCGUGCGAGCGAGGCAUAGAUACUAUGGCGCAAGCCGCAAGCGGUGCGUUUGUAUGAAGAUAACCUACUUCCCCACUCUUUGUACUAAGUCGAAAGUGACAACGGUUAGGGUGGCAAUCUAUAUCCUAUGUGUUUACAUUAUAAAUUACUUUUUGUGCAAAUUAGUUUCAAAUUAACCUAAUGUAAAAAAUGGAAAAUAUAAAUAUACAAACAAACA